UACAAUUUGAUAAAAGUUUUUAAUUUCAAUAUUUUCUAAAUAUAAAAAUAAUAAUUUCGAUGGUUGAGAUUAUGAGUCAAUUGACGCUAGACUACUAUGAGAAACCUGGAAACAUUGGAUGGUCGUCUCGUCCUAGUGUGGGACUCCUCAGCAGUGAGCAUCCACGAUCCCGCCUCGUGAGAUUCCAACCCAGGACCUAUCAGUCUCGUGCGUGAGCGCUUAACCACUAGACAACUGAGCCGGUCGGUAUCCAACAGUGUUAAUGUCUAACUUCAGCUAAUCCUCGAAAUUAAGCAACACAUCCAUCAUUGUCUUCAAUGAAUUACUAUCUCAUAACAAACCCAGUUGAACUCAAAUAAAAGUUUAUUUCAAAUUGUAAUUUCUACGCAUCAAUGUUUUGAAUAAAUGCGGAAUAACAAGAAUAGGGUAUCAAACAUAAUUGAUUUACUUAACUAUUCUAAGCCUGCACUUAACAUUUUAUACGCAACCUUAAAAUAUAAUGAUUUAUACAAUAUACAUGUUCAUAUAAAUGAGUAAACAUAUAUAUAUCCAUAUAUACUAUUGAAGCACUCUCAUUUUAUCAUUUACAAUAAAAUAUGCUAUUCACUAAGUAUUAUUCAAUAGGAAUAAUAAUAUAUAUUGCUUUAAUGAAUUCAAUUUAUACACAUUCUAAUCAUUAUUAUAAUGGACUUUUAGAACAUUCUAAAAGAAAUUCAUACGAUGCUAUAAACUUUCCAUUGAAAACAAUUCAUGGACGUAAAUAUGAUAUGGAAGAUGGAGCUGGAUUUGUACCAGAUAAUUAUGGUAAUCAUGGUAACCACGAUGAUGAAGAUUAUGAUUCAUAUGAUAGUAAUAAUUAUGACGAUGGUGAAGCGCAUAAUUAUGGUCAUGUUAAUUUAGCAGAAAAAUCAAUGAAGAAAUUAAAAGAGUUAAAACGUCGUAAAUACAAUGAAUAUUAUAAAGGUGAUGAUGAAGAAGAAGAGGGCGAAAAUGGUACUGAAGGACCAAAUCAACAACCAACUGAAGCACCAAGACUUCCACCCCCAUCAAAUUCUCUCGCAGAGUAAAGUAUUCACUUACUAAUUCAGAGUAUUCAGAUAAUAAAUUUAAAAUAUCAAUAUGUAAAUGAAUUAACUGACUUUUUUAAUGAUCUAAUAUCAUGAAUAUAUGUUGUACGAUUUAAUAAAACAAUAAUGUCAUCAAGUGUUUAUU